CGGUCAGCUGGGGCGGCACGAGCACGGCCGUCGCGGGGUCGCCGCUCGCCUGGAGUGGGGUCGUCGGUGUCCUGGUGGCCGGCGCUCGAGCGGCAUCCGGGCUGAAGCCAGGGGCGCUGCAGCCUCGCGCGCGCGAGUGUGUGCCGAGGGUGGACCGCGACAGCACAAAACUGCCAGCCGAGUGAGCUGUGACGGUGCUCAAACAUUCGGCGUGUCAUUCGGGACAGUGUGUUAUCCAGUGGCGGUUGACGGCGUGCUGCGUCUCUGGAGGAGUCGGCGUGGCGGUACAGCCAUGCGCUUCAAGUGAUCUGAUCGCGCCGAGGCCACCUGGUGUGCGAACUGCGGUCGUGGCUGCGUACGCAAAGUGCUGCUGUUCUGGAGAAACCGCUGGUGUGCGACGGAAUACGUUUAACGGUAUAUAACAGCAUACAAGGCGGGACCACUGUGAAAACUCGAGGAAUCGAGGCUACAGCGAGAGGCUGCCAGGGCGACAUUGGUAGGAUGUGAAUGUGGGACAGUCCUGUUGCGCUACACUCGUGUGCGUGAUUGCGGGGUGAGAUCCCGGUGAGAAGCGGUGAGCAGCGGUGCCUGUGGUGAGCAGCUGCCGAAGCAUCACAGAGCUGUCGCUGCGGGCAGCGGCCGCAACCUACCGCCCACCAUGAUUGACUUUGACAACGUGCUGCUGGAGAUCGGCGAACGUGGCCGAUACCAGCAGAUCAUGUACCUCUUGCUCUGCAUCCCGGCCACCAUACCGGCCGCCUUCGUCGCCUUCAACCAGGUCUUCAUCAGCGGCACCCCCGACCACUGGUGCCGAGUGCCCCAGCUGGCCAACCUUUCGCUGCCACAGCGCCGAGCCCUGUCCCUGCCGCCGGGCCCGGAGGGCGGCUACCACCAGUGCCGGAUGUACGACGUCAACUACACGGCCGUCUGGGUCGACGGCGGCCACCUCUGGCCGGACGCGGCCAACGCCUCCUGGCCCACGGCCCCCUGCCGCCACGGCUGGGAGUACGACAUGACCGACUACGACGAGACGCUCACCACCAAGUUCGAUCUGGUAUGCGAGGAUGCCUGGCAGCCGAAUUUCUGCACUACACUCUUCUACACGGGUAGUUUAUUCGGCAACGUGCUGUUCGGCUGGGUGGCGGACAACGCUGGAGAUGAUGGGUCCGUCGUACCGCACGUUCGCCGGCAUGAUCAUCUGCGUGUUCUUCGCCGGCGCGCUGGCGGUGAUGGCCGGCAUAGCGUACCUCUGCCGGCACUGGUUCACCCUGACGCUCGCUCUGUCCGUGCCGUUCGUCGUGCUUGUGUCAUAUUGGUGGAUCAUUCCUGAAUCGCCGCGGUGGCUUAUACAACAGGGCCGGAUGGCUGAGGCCGAGAAAAUCGUGCAGAAAAUGGCUAAAGUCAACAAGAAGCCUAUACCGAAGAACUAUCUGAGGAGUGUAACCGAGCUUAACGCGAUGACACCGGUGAGUCCAGAGCCUGUGUCCAUGCGACUGCUGAUUUUCGGCUACCCCAACAUCCGCAAGAAGUUCCUCAUCAUCGCCUUCAGCUGGACAGCCAACGCCAUCGUGUACAACGGGCUGAGCUACAACACGACCAACCUGGGCGUGUCCGACUACCUGGCGUUCUUCAUCGGUGCUGUGGUGGAGGUGCCGUCCUACUUCAUCAUCCUGUACACGAUGGACCGUUGGGGUCGCCGAUGGAGCCUCUGCGCCACCAUGCUGCUGGGUGGCCUGGCCUGCAUCAGCUGCAUCCUCGUGCCCAGAGAGGCAGUCUGGGUGACAGUGACGCUGGCGAUGAUCGGCAAGUUCGGCAUCGCCGGCAGCUUCGCCGUCAUCUACGUGUUCGCCGGCGAGCUGCUGCCGACGGUGAUCCGCUCACAGGCGAUGGCGCUGGCCUCGUUCUUCGCCGGACUCGGCCUGCUCUGCUUCCCGCAGAUCUUGGCGCUGGCGGCGUAUGGGCGCUUGGUGCCACUCAUUAUCAUGGGCACGGUGACCCUGUUGGGGGCGUUCGUGUCCUUCUUCCUGCCCGAGACGGCCCACCAGCACCUGCCCGAAACCAUGGAAGAGGGAGAGAACUUCGGAAAGGGCACGCUUCGGAUGUUCGGCUGGUUCCGCCGAAGGACUGCGCGCCGGAGACCAGACGGCGGCGCUGGAGACGAGGGCCCAGAGGCGCUCGCUCUGACCAAGAUCAAGCCGUACAACGGCUUCGCGGAGGUGGCGCACGGCGAGUCAGCGGCGCCGGACGGCCAGCAGCGCUCUUUGGUCUCCUAGCGACGCCCCGCGCCGACAGUGGCGCCAUGGACCGUUCUGCGGGCGGAGGUGGCGUCAUGGACCGUUCUGUGGGCGGAGGUGGCGCCAUGGACUAUUCUGUGGGCGGAGGUGCCGCCAUGGACCGUUCUGCGGGCGGAGGUGCCGCCAUGGACCGUGUUGCGGACGGAGGUGGCGCCCUGGACCAUUUUACGGGAGGAGGUGGCGUCCUGAACCGUUCUGCGGGCGGGCGUCAGACUGAUUCCGCUGGCGCUGCGCACAGUGUCUAGUUUGAGCCGUCAUACCUGGCGCGAUGUCCGCUGAUGCGGCCCUCUGCAGCUCUGCUAUCGCUGUCCCGCGACACCCUCGUGUGAGCGCUAGCAGUGGUUGGAUGGUGUCAUUAUUGACAAAAGCAGCUCUCAAUAAUUGGGCGUGGACAGAGCGGCGGUCGACAGGCGUCGUCUCGGGAGGCGUGUGGCGAGCACAGGAGAUUACUGGUGUGGAUUCGGCGGCACCGGAGCACUGUCGUCGUCGCCUAGAGGCCGUGGCGCGAGCCCAGCUCUCUUCCCGGGACUAGCUGCCCUGGCUGGGCGGCCGCGGGGCGGAGAGCGCCUGCCACCGGGGCAGGUGGGGCUGACGCUCCGAAGAGGUGACGGAGCGUAAAGAGGUGGCGGUCGGAGCGCCAGCGAGGAACAGCGCGCCGCCGGACACAAAGCCCACUAUCUGAGGCUCACACGGUCCCGGCGAUGUGAUGCUCACACGGUCCCGGUGAUGUGACGCUCACACGGUCCCGGUGAUGUGACGCUCACACGGUCCCGGUGAUGUGACGCUCACACGGUCCCGGUGAUGUGACGCUCACACGGUCCCGGUGAUGUGACGCUCACACGGUCCCGGUGAUGUGACGCUCACACGGUCCCGGUGAUGUGACGCUCACACGGUCCCGGUGAUGUGAC